AUACGCUCGUGAAUGAGGAACUCCAGCUGUACACUCGGUAGUUGUCCAACGCGGUAUUGCGUUAUGUGCAUGGUGGUUUCGUUCUCUUACCAAUAACUCUCCAAAGGCUUUUUCGCAAGUGAUGAAUAUUCUGAAUUGCGUGGCUGAGGAGACCUGCGACUGAUACCAGUACAAACUCACAGGUUUCAAUUUUCAUUGGUACACUUUCUUCAUCGGAGAGAGAGUCAUCUCGAAAGUGCGCGCUUUACUCUAGUGGGGAAACGGGAUAUUACGGAUUCUACGUGCAGUUUUUCAUUCUGAGGACAACAUGCCCCAGACGCCACUGCUGACCGGCAUGCUGGUCUCCAGGGGUUACAAUAAUAAGAACCUGUACCAGAGUCCGAACCAGACCAAGGAGGAGGGAUACGGUAACGCAGGACUGUGUUACCGUGACAACACCCUUGUGUCGGGCUCACUGGAGGCCCUCAUACACCACCUGGUCCCUAGUAUGGACUACUACCCUGACAUGAAGUACUCUUUCACCUUCCUGCUCUCCUCUCGUCUAUUUAUCCACCCCUACGAGCUCAUGUCCAAGGUGUGUCACCUGUGUGUGGAGCAGCAGCGACUGAGUGACCCUCAGGCAGACAAGAUGAGGAUCAGGAAGUUGGCUCCCAGGAUCCUCCAGCUGCUCCAGGAGUGGACAGAGACAUUCCCCUACGACUACAGAGACGAGAGGAUGAUGAGGAGCCUGAAGGAGUUAACCCAACGCAUGGCCUCGGGAGAUGAGCUGUACAGGAAGGUGGUUCACCAGAUGAUUCAGGUCCUAAUCAGGAAGCUGACUACUCUGAGCCAGUACGAGGAGGCCCUGGUCAAGCUCAAUGCUACAGCCACAGACCGACUGACUGUGCUCAAGGCCAAGCCUCAGGCCAUCCAGAGGGACAUGCUGUCCGUCUGUAACGACCCCUUCACCGUGGCACAGCAGCUCACUCACAUAGAACUGGAGAGACUGAGUUACAUCGGACCAGAGGAAUUUAUCCAGGCGUUUGAGAAGAAAGACCCUCUUGAUAAUGACAAGAGCUGUUUCAGCGAUCACAAGAAGACUAGCAACCUGGAGGCGUAUGUAGAGUGGUUCAACAGACUCAGCUUCAUGGUGGCCACAGAGAUCUGCAUGCCCGUAAAGAAGAAGCAGCGAGCGCGAGUCAUGGAGUUCUUCAUCGACGUGGCGCGGGAAUGUUUCAACAUCGGCAACUUCAACUCCCUCAUGGCCAUUAUCUCUGGGAUGAACAUGAGUCCUGUGUCUCGACUGAAGAAGACCUGGAGCAAAGUCAAGACGGACAAGUUUGACAUCUUGGAGCUCCAGAUGGAUCCUUCCGGUAACUUCUACAACUACAGAACAGCGUUUAGAGGAGCUACACAGAGGUCCAGAACAGCCAACAGCACUAGAGAGAAGAUCGUCAUCCCGUUCUUCAGCCUACUGAUCAAAGACAUCUAUUUCCUGAACGAGGGAUGUUCCAACAGGAUGCAGAAUGGACAUGUAAACUUUGAGAAAUUCUGGGAGAUGGCGAAGCAAGUUAGCGAGUUCAUGGUUUGGAAGAAAGUGGAGUGUCCGUUUGAGAAGGACCGUAAGAUUCUCCAGUAUCUGCUCACCGCACCGGUCUUCAGCGAGGACACUCUGUGUCUGGCCUCCUAUGACAGUGAAGGCCCUGAGAAUAAUAUGGAGAAGGACAGAUGGAAGUCUUUGAGAUCUACUCUGCUAAGUAGAGUCUAGAGUUUCUGAAGGAGGAACCAAGUCAACCCAGUCUGACAACCAAGCCGUGCCCUGUGGAGGAUGUCCAAAUAACAGAAUUCCUGUUUGGAUGGGAAACGACAAUCUGGCCUGUUCUGUUUAGCAGAUCAGGAACUUUUCUGUUCUCCGGUCAAGGAGAGUUUGGUCUUCUUCAUGUUGUAUGUUUCCAGGAAAACUUUUUUCAUGUCUUUUCAAUGAAUUUCUAUACUUUAAUUUUUUGGGGAAACAAAUAAAUAAUAAGUUACGACCAUCGUGAGGAGGAGAGGAAAGUCCAGGGAAACUUUUUUUGUUGUCCUUUUGGCUACGUCUGUCGAAAACGUAACAAAACACACCGUGUAUUUACACCGGGUGACACUGUUGAUAAAAAUCUCCGGACAUUUUGAAGAUGUAUUUGACUUUCUACAGGAGUUGAGAGUUGGCUGCUGGAUGGCCAACUGAUUCAGUUCUAACGUGUACAACGAACAGGCUGCUCCCUCUCUCUCUCUCUCUCGCUCUCUCUCUCUCUCUCUCUUUGUGUCUCUCUCUCUUUGUGUCUCUCUGUCUCUCUCUUUGUCUCUCUCUGUCUCUCUCUCUCUCUCUUUGUCUCUCUCUCUCUCUCUGUCUCUCUCUCUCCCUCUCUCUUUAAAAAGCCAGCAUUGUGUUUACUGGGAAUCAGUAUACUGUAUAAUGGUGUCAAAGCUAACCUACAGCGGGGUUGGUAUAGAAAAUAUGAAGCUAAUGUUUAUUUGUGUGUGUAUGUGUGUCACAUGUACCGUUAUACGUGAUUCUCUUGCUCAUGUUGGUGUGGUCGGCCAAGCGCUGAGAACUGUACUGCUCAGUAUGUUUACAAAGCACUGAGUGCAUUGGAUUGGAAACAUGAUGUCCAUUCUUUUGUUUGUAUAAAAGCUUUGUGAUGCUCUACAACAGGAAGCAACACCUUCCUUCUCUUCUCAUCUUUUAUCAAUGGGACACUCAGCCAUGGGCAGAAACAGAGGGGUGGGUGGGGAUGUUAAGAUGGUAUUAACGUCCACCCCAUGAAGUCCCCGGGACCGAGUUUGGGAAACACUGAUAUAGAGAAUAGUGUGCUAUUUGGGACGCGAGCAGUUCCUGAUAAUCAGCGUUAUGGUGUUCUGCCACUAACCAGCCACUUUGAUGGAAUAAAUAUAGCUUUGGAGGACUGUCCUGCGCUGAGCACUCAAGAUUAUCCAUCCUGUGAUAGUGGCGUAGCUAAUCACUAUGCCCCUCCCAUGAGUAUAGAAAUGCAAUGCGGUUGUAUCGCCCCCUUGUGGUUGAGUUAAGUAAGUGCUGUGGCGGAGCAGAGUUGAGCCAGUGAAUGAGUUGAUUUAUGUAAUUAGUGGAGGUUGUGUGUGAGCUGAGGAGUUGGACAUUUUUUUUCCUCAGUUAAUGCUGGAUCAAACGUUCUUCCUAAUAGGUUGUACUUUCUUCAUAUUAUUGUUUUCAUCAUAUUUGAUCCUCUCUGUAGUCGUCAUUAUUUAAUAUUAUGGAUAUUUACAAAUAUUUUAUUGUAUUUGUUAUAUCAUUUUGUACUAGGUACAUUUCAUUGUUAUUAGAUUUUGCCCUAAACUGAUUAUUUUUUGUUCAGGUUUGUAUGAGAACACUUCAUUUUUUAUUCUAGUAUACACUUUGAAGUUAAACAUAUUGGUCACGUUCCAGGCCCACUACAUUGUAGGCGUGGCAAAGCUGAUAUCUGGCAGGCGUCUGCAAUGUAGUCGUUCUGGAACGCGGCCAUUGACUGACGUAUAGCGUUGUCUUGUCUUUUGCAGUUUCUCCUCUCUACAUGAUAAUAUGGUUUGACUGUGUAAAUACUUCUGUUUUUCCUGUGUUUAUCUGUGUUUUUGUAUUUGAACUGUUAAGCUGGAAUAGAUCACCUGUUUUAUUACUGAGUUAGUUGUUAGAAGAGAAAGUGACAAAGUUAAUUUAAAAAAUGCUUAAGUUAA